UCUCUCUCUACACUUGUUCGAUUUUUACUAAAGUCAUCAAAAGUAAUAAUACUGAUCUAGUACUAUCGUUCGGCGAACUCCAUCAUCCAUAGCGCGCAAUGACGUCACGAACAACCCGCGCAAACAUCUCUUCGUAAACAUACUCUCUGUUACAGUUGCUACCCCUAAAUGAACCACCACCAUGUCUUCCGCAGCCUCUGAUCCAGACAAAAUAAUAGAUGCGCGCUCCACCUCCGCCCUCGCAUCCACCCGACGCAAUCUACGCUACCUAUACGACCCCAAAACCGCCCCCAACGCCAUUUCCUCGCGGCGCACACGCGCACUUUUGCGAGUCCUGCGAUCAAGCAUAAUUUUUGUUUUCUGGCGGCUAGUCCGAUAUGCCAAGUACGUUGCGAUUGGGUCUCUAGUUGCGACGGUGGGCGCAGGGGCUUUUGGUACAUUCGUUAGUGGCGCGGGGUUUGUGCUUGCGCCUACGGGAAUUGCGGGCACGAUUUUUGCGGCGACGGUGUGGGGGAUAGGUCGAUAUGCAGUUGGAAAGGUGAAGAAGAGGUGGGGGGUGAGCAGAGGUUUUGAGGAUGAGGAGGAGGAAGAGGAGUUACGGGGGAUGAGGAGGAAAAGGACGGAUGCCAGGAUGGAAUAUGGCGCGGAGGCUAUGCCUUGGUGAUGGAAUUUCCACAGUUGUCAAGAGGGGGCUGGAUAGCUGGGGUGAUUCGCAUGCUACGAUGUUUUGUCCCGGAUGAGUCCAAGAAACGGAACUGAAUGCUCGAUCAUGGCACCGGUUUUCACCAUCGCAUAUGAAUUGUCGGCGCCAUCGAGGCACAUGCAUUCAUUCCUCUCGAUGUCUUGCCAAGAAAAAGGAGAGGAACGAAAAUGGACUAGAAGACACUCGAGAGAUAGACUAUGGUGGCGAAAAGUGUCUAUGGAUACCGAGAAUAGUAACCGAAAUAUACGUUUCGUUCAUCCGGAGAAGACUGUAUCCGAAAAAUCUGGAGGUCCACAAAAUGGUGGUGGACAGGUCAUCAAACCGAAACAAGCAAGAC